CAUAAGUAUGCUUUAUUUGUUUUAACUGCCCUAGACCCUGAUGACCCUGAAUUCGUUAGACAACUUUUAAGACCUGCUGAGAUAAAAGAAGAUGUGAACCUAAUGUCCCAUAAAAAGCGCGUUUCGUUAAUUUUAAAAUCGGAUCUCUUUCGUAAGGAGCUUGAGGAAGUCAUCCAGUCGCAGAUGAAAUCCGGCGAAUUCCCAGGGCUGAGUACCAGCCUUCUUUCCUUGCAACAUAUUUCAGAUAUGUUUGUAUCUGCCCCUGGAAAACAACCCUCUUCCGGUGGUGGCUUUAGCAAAGGCGGUGGAGUCAUUCCCAUCAACGACCUUCGUGGUGGUACUGUCGCCGCUUAUCCUCGGAAUGAGCGAAUGCUAAGGUGCAAAUUAGCGUCGGUCCAUCGUCUCAUCGAUCUAUUUGGCUGGAGCACAAACAUUUACACUAGUGUCACUGUCCGCAUCAGCCGAAAUCAUGAACAUUUUCUGAUUAAACCUCUUGGCUUGCUUUAUCAUGAAGUAACUGCUUCGUCUCUUCUAAGAGUUGAUUCCAAAGGUGAGGUUUGGGAUGGAGGAUCUACAAUUCUUGGAAUUAAUUUAUCCGGCUGGCUCUUGCAUUCUUCAGUCUUUGCUUCGCGACCGGAUAUAAGGUGUAUUAUACAUCUUGAUACUCCAGCGACGAUUGCUAUUUCGUGUAUGAAGUCUGGAUUACUACCGAUAUGCCAAGAAGCAAUGAUUUUGGGCGAAGUCUCUUAUUUUGCUGAUUAUAAUCCUAUCUCAAUGCCCAUGAGUGGAGCCCCUGCUCAUUCCUUAAGCUAUGGAAGUUCGGAUAAUGGUGAUUUCAGUCAUUUUGUUACGACAGCACUUAUGGAACAACGAGACAAAGUCCAUGAGGCACUUGGACCUACUGCUCGCAUUUUUUUUGUUCGCGGCCGAGGGCUGUUUGCCCUUGGCGAGUCAGUUGAGGAAACUUGGCAUUACGCUACUAACGCUGUGGUUGCUUGUGAGACUCAAUUGCUGCUUGCCUCAUUA